AUGGAGCAUCCUGCCUUCCCAGCACAUCUGGACCAACUCUCGCCGCCGGAAUCCAUCGCCAGCCCAACCUGCGACGUCGACAGCGAUAAUGUGGUUGGUGAGGCUGACCUGGGCAACGAUGCAAUGCGCUUACCAGAACGAAUCGCCGGACUAGCCCAUCUAGUAUCGCAGAACACACAGCUGUCCAGCGACGACUCCACCACGCUUCACCAACACCUCGACUCCAUCGAAUCACUCCUCGACCCUCGCCCUCGAUUAACACAAGAAGUCGCAAAAUGCCGUCCCCCGAGUUCCCAGUCGGGUGCUACGAAACAGCUCCCGGGGAAUCCCCCGGCACCUCCGAGUCCUACAACGGACCCUGGUCGUUCCGCCAAUGAAAUUUCGCAAGCCCAGCUCUCGGCCAUCCUUAGCGAGGUGACGGCGCUCGGUGCAGAAUUAUGCCAGCGCCAGAAAGAAUCCUCCCAUAUAUAUGAUCGCUUCACCCGGGAAUGCCAAGCGCAGGCACAGAGGAUAUCGGACCUGGAGGAGGAAAUAGACGAGUUGAAAGCAGACAUUAUAGAAGGAUCGGCGGAGCGGGAAGCUCUGGAUGGCACUGUUCGCGGAUUCGAGAACUGGAUCGAUGGCUGGCAACGGCAGCAUGAUGAGGCCGUCGCCAAGAGAUCCACCCAGAUAGCCCGACAGAGGAGGUGGAUGAAACGUAGGACGGACGACCCUACACAGAGUAACACAGAAGUCCUUUUAGAGGGAAUAAGCGCAUGGAUGCGCGGGUGGGAAGACGCCCAAGAAGGCUUCCGUAGCCGAGAAGAAGAACGCAGACUGAGACGGGAAGGAAGACGACAUGUCCCAGCCGAAACUGAUAAGGGAAAAUCACCAGUGCCGUAA